AAUCCUGGAACUAAGCAACUUGGUCAAGAUCCGGCGGUGCGGGCCGGUAGCACAGUCGUAACGGCGGCUGCGGAAAGUAGUGCUCUUGGUUUCUAGACCGCGUCAGUGCCUGAGCCGGGCUGCCACUCUUGCCUGUCCCGUCCCUCAUGGCGCUGCCCCGACGCCCGACGGUGUCUACUGAUUUGGAGAAUAUUGACAUAGGACUUAAUUCUAAACCUAAGAGUCAUGUGACUAUCAGGAGGGCAGUUUUAGAAGAAAUUGGAAAUCGAGUUACAACCAGAGCCACCCAGAAAGCUCAGAACAUCAAGGUACUUGUCCCGCCCAGCAAAACAACAAAUGCCAACAAGCCCUUGAAACCUACUGCUUCUGUGAAACCAGUACAGAUGGAAAUGUUGGCUCCAAAGGGUCCUUCUCCCACACCUGAGGACAUGAAGGAGGAGAGCCUCUGCCAAGCUUUCUCUGAUGCUUUGCUCUGCAAAAUUGAGGAUAUUGAUAAUGAAGAUGGGGAAAACCCUCAGCUCUGCAGCGACUAUGUUAAGGAUAUCUACCAGUACCUAAAGCAGCUUGAGGUUCUGCAUCCCAUCAAUCCCCAUUUCUUAGAUGGAAGAGAUAUAAAUGGACGUAUGCGUGCCAUCCUGGUGGACUGGCUGGUGCAGGUCCACUCCAAGUUUAGGCUGCUGCAGGAAACUCUGUACAUGUGCGUGGCCAUCAUGGAUCGAUUUUUACAGGUUCAGCCAGUCUCUCGUAAGAAGCUUCAGCUGGUUGGGAUUACAGCUCUGCUCUUGGCUUCCAAGUAUGAGGAGAUGUUUUCUCCAAAUAUCAAAGACUUUGUUUACAUCACAGACAACGCUUAUACCAGUUCCCAAAUUCGAGAAAUGGAAACUCUAAUUUUGAAAGAAUUGAAAUUUGAAUUGGGUCGACCUUUGCCACUACAUUUUUUAAGGCGGGCAUCAAAAGCUGGGGAGGUCGAUGUUGAGCAACACACUUUAGCCAAAUAUUUGAUGGAACUGACUCUUGUUGACUAUGACAUGGUGCAUUAUCACCCUUCUAAGGUGGCAGCAGCUGCUUCCUGCCUGUCUCAGAAGGUUCUAGGCCAAGGAAAAUGGAACUUAAAGCAGCAGUAUUACACUGGAUACACCGAGAAUGAAGUAUUGGAGGUCAUGCAGCACAUGGCCAAAAAUGUAAUGAAAGUGAAUGAAAACUUAACGAAAUUCAUUGCCAUCAAGAAUAAAUACGCAAGCAGCAAACUCCUGAAGAUCAGCACGAUUCCUCAGCUGAACUCAAAAGCCAUCCAAGAGCUUGCCUCACCUCUGAUGGGACGGUCCUAGGCUGCUGGGAAGAGCGCUUCGUCUGUGCACUUUGUCUUACUAACUUUGUAUAUAUAGUCCUUUUGUCUUAUUUCAUGAAACCUUUUCUCAGACCUGUUUUCUAAAUGUAUAUUGAGACUGGAGGUGAGAGAUUAAAAACUUGUCUUCAAAAUGUUAAGUUUGAAGAUGCCCAGUAGAUAUCCAAGUGCAAAAGACAGAAAGUACAAGACUUGAGUUCAGUGGGAGAGGUGAGGACUGUAGAUAAUGCAAGUAAGAAUAAGUGGCAUUCAGACAGCAUUGAAAGCUUUGGGGGCAGGUGCCAUCACCCAAGGAAAGCAUGGAGUUGUAGAAGAGAUCAAGUCCCAGAGCAGAGCCCUGGAAGGAACAGCAUUUGGAAGUGGAGUACUGGGGACCCACAAAAGAGACCAAGAGGAAGCAGCCAGUAUCCAAGGACAAAGUCUAGAAGAAGAAUAUGCUGUCACAGGACCCAAGAGAAGAAGUAUUUCAGAAUGGAGGGAGUGGGAAGCUGGGUCAAAGGCUGCCAAGAGGUCAACUAGGAAAAGGAUUGUAUUUGGUCACAUGGAAAUCUUUGGUGACCUUAACGGGAUCAGUUUCACUUUUCAUCUCUUGGAUGCAGUUUGUCUAUGUUUAAAAAAAAAAAAUUGUUUUUAAGCAUUUAAAACAAAGUAUAUUGAGGAAAAUUAAAGCUAUUGAUUUUCUUAAGGCA